AUGAUGUGCAUGGUUGUGCCUGCUGAGUGCCUGAUGAAGAGAUCGAAAUGGAAGCUCAAGGCGUUGGUACUAUGUUCAAUCUACCUGAUACUAAUUGAUCCAGCGUUACUGUGCGCUAGUGGCUUGUUAUUAAACCUCUUUCCAUCAGUUAAAUCCUGGUCUCAGGAUGAUAUUACAAAAUAUACUUUUUGGGAGGCCUGUGCUAUGUGCCCAUUUGUGGCCUGCGUUCCGAUACCUGUAAUCUUCAAACUGGCCUUCAAACGUGUGCCGCAUCAAGAGAAAGAGGCAGCAUCCUCUUUGGAUGGUUAUGAUCGUGUAUCUGGCACGGAUGCUGAGCCACAGGGCAACUCGUUUGGUUGGAAACUAUGCAAGGUGUUCUAUAUUUACUGUUCAUUGUGCUCACUCGCCCAGGCAUUUUUGGCUAUCAGUUCAUACCCGGACCUGGUUAAAAGUGAGCUUUUUGGCAAGUCUACACUGUACAGUCGCGCACUUGUGGGAACUUUAUUCUUUCAAUCGGUAGCGUUGCUUUGUUCGCUGUUCUGCAAUUUUUACAUUUUGAACUCAGGGGAACGGCGGGAACUCUAUUUGGCCGGGGCUAUUUCACUCUGCAGCUAUAACUUUUUGUAUAUCUGCCACGACUAUAUAGUUGUUGCAGUCGGCCUUGAGAACUAA